GGGAGAAGGGAUAUAUAUCUCAUCAGGGAAUGAGAGCGUGGAAGAGAGAGCGACUAUGGGAGAAAGGGGCAGAUCGGGAGGAGAAAGGGCUCAGACUUUUGUCGAGGAGGAGGCCGAGGGAUGUAAACAACAUGAGCAAUGGUACAAGGAGGGCGAAGAAAGGCAAGAUAUGAACAACGGUGGCGAAGAAGGGGAAGAAGAAAAGGAGACUCCGCAUGACGAGCGGAGCGGCCACGACAGUUGUGAGGGAAGGUACACGGACUUUGGUGAAGGAUAUGAAAGGAGGGCGGACGUCCCUUAUAACCUAAAUCGGAAAAACUUCACGGGUGAGUUCAACCCCGUACAAAGGAAAGAAGAUGAGAACAAGGAGGAAGAAGUGCAAGAGGUCAUCGAGAUUAGUAGUGAUGAUGAGAGGGAUGAGAUCUCAAGGCCCAAAGAAGAAAGGCGACCCCCUACAAACCAGCCACGCCAAGGAUCCUUCAGAUGGGAAGAUGAGUUUGGGUCGACGCCCAACCAUUGGUUUGAGCAAUGGAUUAGCGUAAUCAAGCACGACUGGAUUAUCAAGGCCAAGGAGCUGAUGGAGGACGGAGUGGCAGCUACUCCUCGAGACUUUUACAAUGAAAGGGAGUUGCGAGAAAUUGCAAGAAAGAAAAAGGGAGAUCCUGGCCUCCGGUCUGGGAGUCGAAGGGUCAGUAGGAAGAAAGGAUGAGCAGGGGACCAAGCGGGACAAAACAGAUGACAACGAGAGGGACUCGACGAAAUGACCAUUGAACAAAAAAUGUGUUUUUCUUUUGCAAUAUUGGAGUGGCGAAGUUUGGAUAGUAUGAGUGAGCUUGCGAGGAAUGAGCAGUGCAAGGACUAACUAGAACUGUGCCGUGAUGAGUUAGAAGAUAGCAUGUUGAAGCUACUUCCUGGAUGAGCUACCUUCGAAAAAGUAUAUACAAAACAAUGGCUCGGGGUAUGGGGAUGAGACUGGUUGGGAUGGUUCUAUUGUGAGUUUUGGAUGGAACAAAGAUUGCACCUUUGA